ACCAAAAGCAUCAGUACUUAGUAACUUUUUUUUAACAAAAAAGAAUGAAAUCAUUAAUGGGAAAUAUACAUUUCCGGAAUUGGACACAACUUCAGAUUUAUUAUUCAAAGCAAGUAAGACUAUUGAUUCAAAUAUGAUUAAUAAAGCUAUUUAUGAGGUAGCUAGUAAAAGCAAGAUACUUGAAACAAAUAAGAUUGAAGCACUUCUAGAAUAUUGGAAUCAAUUUGAAAUUAAACUAUUCAGGCUUAUUCAGGCAUUAUAA